UUACUGAGACAUCCUCACGCUUCCCAUAUGUGCCAAUCUUGGUAACAAUAGGCUCUGUGCCUAGCUCACUGUUCUCUGUACAGUAUAUAUAUAUAUAUAUAUAUAUAUAUAUAUAUAUAUAUAUAUAUAUACACACUUAGCUGGCAUCAUUGUUACUCAGAUGGAUAAACCUACAUUCUCUGAGUAAAGUGCAGCAAAUGAAUCUAGAUUCUGUUUGGGUGAAACUUCUUAUGUAUCUAGAAUGAAGGGGUCUUUGGUGUCAAAACUUUGAAGAUUAAUGGACUACUUUGUUAAUGACUUAAGGCGUCAGAUUUUGGUCCUUAAAUGAUUUGUGGGAUGUAAAACGCCUUCCUGGCAGUCUGGAACAAUGCAAGGGAAUGGAAGGAACUGGAACUACCAGCAGGAGCAAAGCGGAGACGCAAAGAAAAUAAAAAUUAAAAAUAUAUUUCAUAAGGGUCUAUAUCUUUAGAUGUAAAUAAAAACCUUGCUAGGCUACAACUAGGCGUUCCUUCUUGACUUUUUUUGGAUCAAUCACACAGACAGUGGCUUCUUUUGAUUAAACCCCAAAUUGUCAUUGGACAGGAGCAAUCAUGUGACAACCAAUUCGGUCCAAUUUCAACCUUGUCUCCAUGAAUUCAAUAGUUUAAUAGUAGCACAGUCCCCAUACGGCUGUAAUCAGUGAAUUAGAAAAAAAAAACACCAGCAAGGAUUUUUAUGAUUUUUUUUCCCCCUCGUUGUUACCGGGCCUUUAAACGUAAAAGUAGGGGCUAACUUUUUAAAAAGGCUUUGAGGAGAGGGCCAUGAAUUACGAAUUUGAGCGAGAGAUUGGUUUUAUCAAUAGUCAGCCGUCGCUUGCUGAGUGCCUGACAUCCUUCCCCCCUGUCGGUGAUACAUUUCAAAGUUCAUCAAUCAAGAGCUCGACGCUUUCACACCCGACACUUAUUCCUCCUCCUUUCGAGCAGACCAUCCCCAGCCUGAAUCCAGGCAGCCACCCUCGCCACAGCCGACCCAAACAGAGCCCAAAUGGGAACAGUGGCAGCCCAGUGCCAGUCGGAUCAUUGCCUCCGGAGUACCCCUGGAUGAAAGAGAAAAAAGCCUCCAAGAAGCCCUCUUUGCCGCCAGCCACCACUGUCCCUUCCACUACAGCCUGUCUCAGCCAGAAAGAAAUCAUUGAAAUACAGGAUAACAGCAGCGGGGGAUCCAGAAGAUUAAGGACGGCUUAUACCAACACCCAGCUUCUGGAACUGGAAAAAGAAUUUCAUUUCAACAAGUAUUUGUGCAGACCGAGGAGGGUGGAGAUAGCUGCCCUUCUGGAUUUAACUGAGAGGCAAGUAAAAGUCUGGUUUCAAAACAGGAGAAUGAAACACAAGAGACAAACACAAUGUAAGGAGAAUCAGAAUGGAGAAGGGAAAUUAAAAAAUCUUGAGGACUCUGAGAAAAGUGAAGAUGACAAGGAGAAGUCUCUCUUUGAGCAAGCCUUGAAUAAUGUAUCUGGAGCUUUACUGGAAAGAGAUGGCUAUAGUUUUCAGCAAAAUGCCCUGUCCCAGCAGCAGGGACAUAACCCACACAAUGGAGAAUCACAGACUUUCACAGUUUCGCCUUUAUCCAGCAAUGACAAAAAUCUUAGACAUUUUCAGCAUCAGUCACCCACUGUUCCAAACUGCUUAUCAACAAUGGUGCAAGAGUGUGCAGCUGGUCUCAACAAUGAUAGCCCCGAAGCCCUGGAAGAUGUAGCUUCUCUAACAGACUUCAAUGUAUUUUCUUCAGAUUCCUGUUUACAGCUUUCGGAUGCAGUCUCGCCCAGUUUGCCAGGAUCUCUGGACAGUCCAGUAGACAUUUCUGCAGACAGUUUUGAUUUUUUCACAGACACGUUUACCACAAUCGACCUGCAACAUCUCAACUACUGAAUCCUCCAUAAAUUGCACCGUAUUUUUCUAUCAGACAAUUUCCCGCUCAGACAAAUUCGGGUUUGACAUUUUUAAUCAAUCUCAUCCAAGAGCCAUUUCAGUAUUUAAAUUACAAUGCAUUUUAAUGUUAUCUGUUCAAUCAGAACCAUUGAAAGCAAUAAUCGAGGCCUCUGAGAAAGUGAUUAUAACUAAAUGUAUCCUCACUUUCUUUUUUAUUUUUGUAUUACGGUAGAAUGCGUUGUCACAUAAGUAUUUUUUGGUAGAAUAAAUGAUUAUUUCCCCAAAAGUUCACUUUCUUUUAUUCCCCUCCCAGCCGAAUUUUUCCGUGUUCAAAUAGCCUAAAAAUACAAAUAUAAAUUGAAGGCAACGAUUAGGUCUGCCGGUGUGUAGAUAUAUUUAUUAUAAAUCUAAUAUAUUUUUAUUCUCUAUAGUUAUUUUUAAUAAAGCCAACGUUUUAGACAUUGAAAUAUAUUUUUCAAAGCACUGUUAAAAAACUUUUAAAUAAAUUGUUCAAAUAGCACA